ACAGUUCUUGUCUCAGAAGAACCUACUGGAGUGAUUCAGUCAUUUCCCACAGUACUAAGUCAAUCUCUGAAAGCGUCCCAUCCCACUCCAUCCCUUCCCAUCCCAUCCUCCUUCAUCAAGAUGGCCAGAAGGGACAUGCUCAGCCCCAAGUGGAAGGAGACGUGGGGGAGUUGGGAAGGCACCCAUACUGGUGUAGGGGCAGCAUGCUCCAGUCCCUUCCCAAUCCAGCCCCAGCUCUCUCAGCCCAAAGGGUGACAUGCAUGGGUAAUUUCUCCAGUAAUUAAUGCCUCAUUAAAGGGCGCAGGGGAACAAUCUCAGUAGUGAGUUUUACACAACAUAAUGCCUGGGUCCUGAGAGGUUUCCUGCCCUUUUUUUUUUGAAGGGAACUGUCUUUUUCUGGCCUUAACUGCUUGCUCUCUGGAGGCAGAGGAGGUUGAACCUGAUGGGCACCUGCAUUGUGGUUGGGUCAGGUUUGAGGGGAAAGUUGCCUGUCCCUAUGAUCAGGGCUGGGAACUGGGGCUGCGGCAGGCUCUGAGAAGAUGAGGUGGGAACCAGUAGAGUGCAGUAGGGUCACAUCCACCAACCCUGACCGUAUUGCGUUCUCUCCCCAGGAGCUUGAUGCCACGGACACUAGAGGGGCAGAUCACCAUGGAGAAGACCCCCAGCUACUUUGUCACCAAGGAGGCUCCGCGGCGCAUCUACAACAUGUCACGGGACACCAAGCUGAUCGUGGUGGUGCGCAACCCCGUCACCCGCGCCAUCUCGGACUACACGCAGACGCUUUCCAAAAACCCCACCAUCCCCAGCUUCCAGGACUUGGCCUUCAAAAACAUCAGCACGGGACUGAUCGACACGAGCUGGAGCGCAGUCAGGAUCGGGAUCUACGCCAAGCACUUGGACAACUGGCUGCAGUACUUCCCCCUCUCCAAAUUCCUCUUUGUCAGCGGAGAGAGGCUGGUCAGCGAUCCGGCUGGGGAGAUGGGCCGCGUCCAGGACUUCCUGGGUCUCAAGAGGGUGGUGACGGACAAACAUUUCUAUUUCAACCAGACAAAGGGCUUUCCCUGCCUGAAGAAGCCGGAGGGCAGCAGCAAACCCCGCUGCCUGGGCAAGUCCAAGGGGCGGCCGCACCCCAAGAUCGAGGGGCAGGUGGUGCAGCGCCUGCAGGAGUUCUACAGACCCUUCAACAUGAAGUUUUACCAGAUGACGGGGCAGGACUUUGGCUGGGACUGAACGGGGCCACCGGCAGCCUCCUCCCUCUGUUCUAAUUUAUAUCGGACCUUUUCCGGCAAGAAACGGACCCUUCCGGAGUAGAGAGAAAUAUUUAAGAAAUAAAACCACAGAUGACCCCUCCUUCCCCUUCCUCCCCCGACCAGAUUAAAUAUUCUUCCAUAUAAAUCUUGCU